AUGUCUACUUCUACCGGAAAAACAAUUUCACUUCCUACAAUCAAUGAAGUUGAAGGAUAUACGACAACGGAGGAUUUUCUAGAAUUUUUAAGCAAGCAAGACUUAGGACUUAAGGAUAACCAUUCCGAUAUUCUUCGUAAACAAGAAGUUAAUGGUCGGAGUUUCCUUAGGUUGAAUGUGGAUAAGCUUAUAGCUCACCCUUACAAUCUUCCUGGUGGACCAGCCGAAAUCAUUGCUGAAUUUAUUGAGAAAAUCAAGGGCGAAGGACAGGAUACGGAUGCAAAAGAUCAGAAAAUAAAAGAAUUGGAAGAAAAACUAAAAACACUUCAGCGAGAGAAGAUUGCAACCUCAUCUUCAUCAACUACAAAGCGACAUUUUUCCGAUUUGGAUAAUUAUGAAGAAGAACAGACAAAAAACGUAAAGAAGAUUAAGAGCUAUCCUUCCCCGUCAUCUUUUGCAAUUCUUAAUAAUCUUAUUGACCGUCAUGCCAAAGACAAGCAGUUACUUAUUCACCGUCCUCCAGAAUGCGUUGGCCCGCCAGUACAAAUUUAUCACGACGUUUUCAGUCAGUUCCUGCGUGAUUACCGUAAUGAAGAUCUAGAAAUGGGGAGAGAGCAUUAUGAAUGGACCCUGGAGUUCAUUAAUGGAAUGGCUGAAAUAUACCGCAGUGAACAUGGACGUUCUAUAGUGUUUAAAGAAAAAAUUCGUAAAUUAUUUGGUGAGGAAUUAAGAACGAUUAGCCUGGAAGAUGAUUCUAGAAAUUAUGGUGUAUUGGAAUCUAACGUCUUUUCGAAAAGUGUUUUACGCUUUCUUGUUGAAAUGAAAAAUGAAAUUGGCACUGGUGGCUGUGAUCCAACUGUCCAGGCUAGUGCUUCUUUUGCAAAAUAUUAUACCCAAGAGACAUAUGGGGAAGUACUCAAAUGGUGCAACUGGCCGUCUUUUAUCUUGUGCUUAGCUGGACCGUGGGUGUGUAUUUUAGGGGCAGUAUAUGUUGAGAAACCCAUUAUAGAUCCCUUGACAGACUUUAUACCUCUUAUUCCUACAAACAAUCGAGCCCAUGCGGAGCGAGUGGCACGGCUUUUCAAAGCUUUGUGCUUGGGAGUCAACAGGCUAAAAGAGUAUUAUGCAUCGCUAGAUAUACUUACAAAUCGACAAAAUUCAUACCGUUUUUUUCCCUAUCCGAAUCAAUACAAACACCAAGAUACAAUCGUAGAAUUUACAUAUGAAGGAAAACUUGUUGAUCACAAGCUUCUCUGGAGAGCCAUAACAAAAGACGGGCGGAAAAUUAUUGUUAAGUUUGCGUGGCAGUAUAAUCGUAGGGCACACGAACUAUGUUACGAAAUUGGAAAAGCACCAAAAUUACUCUACAUUAGCAAAGAGAUGGUGGACGGUUUCUAUAUGGUAGUGAUGGAUUAUGUUGAGGCAGAACCACUUUAUAACUGUAGCCCACUUAGUCGUGAUGAAUCUAAGGCGAUUUUAAGUGAUGUCAAAGAAGCUAUUGACAAAUUGCAUGAGGAAAGUAUAGUUUUUGCUGACCUCCGUGAUUCCAACAUUCUAGUUGACAAAUCUCAAGGCCGAUAUAAAGGAAUGCUUAUAGAUUUCGAUUGGGCCGGUAAAGAUGAAAUUGAGUGCUACCCAUCUUUUAUGAAUCAUAAACAUAUUAAUUGGCCACCAGGAGCUGAAGAUAGGAAGAAGCUGAAUCGUAAACACGAUGUUUAUUGGUUGGAGCUGUUGAAAUCUAAAUACCUGGGUGAGAGUGUAGAUCUAGAAUGA